UCGCGAGAUCUGGCAACACUGUCAGCAGGGGGAACACACAUUCCAAAGGGAACAGAAUCGGCUGCUACAACGGACGGUGAAAAGGGAAACCACCAGGUAAGAAGGAGGAAAGAGGAAUAUAAGAGAAAUGAACUGACUGAGAUGGACGGUUUUAACAUGUUUGUCAGUAACAAGGACAUUGUCAGAUCUGAUGCUGGGACAAAUGUCAGCGCUGCAGCUCAGAGUGGAAGUCAGAUUACAGCACCUGUGCUCACUAACAAUACAAUAACAGGCCAUGUCAACAUCAUACAUAAUGCACCUAGUUCUACUUUGUUUCGCCCACCCUCUGAAACAACACAAACCUCAGCAACAAGUUCUGUGAUUUUAAAAUAUAAGGAGCGGAUCUGCAGCGAGUAUCAGUGUGUGACCGAGUAUAACUCACUGCCUGGUGAACAUGUGCUGCUGUCUGAGCGCUACACACAACCUCUGAUCCUUCAGAGACAUAGAGGUCAAAAAGAAAGAGAAGAAGAGAUCAGAUCCAGAGGAGAAAGCUUCCAGCAGGUCCUCAGCGCCCGGAGCAGUGAUGACUCUGUCCAUCUGAACUCUCUGUUCGACCCACAUGGACACGGGAUCCGUCCCAGUGCUGUUAUACUGCAGGGAAAUUCUGGGAACGGGAAAUCUUUCACUGUGCAGAAGAUCAUGAUGGACUGGGCAUCUGGUGACCUCUACAAAGGUCUGUUUGAUGUUGUGUUCCACUUGAAGUGUAAAGAAAUAAACCGCAUUUGUGGCAAAAAGAGUUUGGCAGAGAUCUUGAGCUGCAGUUGUAGUUUAACAUCAGAUCAGAUCUCACCGGUACUACAGCAUUCACCAGAGAAGAUGCUCUUCAUCAUCGAUGGAUUUGAUGAGCUGAGACUCACUCAGGACAUUAAUGACAUGUCACCACACACUGAUCUGCUUCAGAAAGCCCCAGCUGAGGUCAUUCUUUGUGACCUGCUGAGGGGUCGAAUCCUGCCAGAGUCCUUCCUUCUGGUCACCUCCAGAUCUACAGCCACAGAUACACUGAGUAAACUGCUCAAAGGACUUCAGCGUUUCUCUGAGAUCAUGGGAUUUUCAGAAAAGGGGGUAGAGGAGUACUUCCAGAAGUUUUUUCAAAAUGAGAAAGAGAUCAGGAAGGCUUACACACUAGUGAAGACGAAUAAAACUCUCAUCACCGCCUGUUCCAUCCCUGUCGUCUGCUGGAUCAUCUGCACAACUAUCAAGGAACGACUCGAAACCACUGCAGAUGUAACAAGUGGACUGGAAACCACCACCUCCAUCUACGUUGACUUUGUGUGCACGCUCUUGAAGCAUCACUGCCAGGGUUUGAGUCAGUCCAUCCCGACCCUGCUGAGGAGUCUGGGUCAGCUGGCAGAGAGAGGGAUGCUGGAACAGCAAGUCCUGUUGGAUGAGAAAAGUGUUUAUGAAACGGUUUCAGACCCUGCUGGCAAUCCGUUCCUGUGCAAGUUCCUGUUUAAGAGAAGAAUCCACCAGGAGACGAUGUUCAGUUUCAUGCAUCUCAGCUUUCAGGAGUUCUUCACUGCUCUGUACUAUGUCUUUCUGGAUGAAGAAGAGUUCCAGAGAGAAUUUACACCGCUAUUUCCCAUUGAUAAAAACUCAAUUGAUUUCUAUAUUCGUCGUUCACGUUUUUCAGCUGUGGUGCAGUUUGCAUUUGGUCUGCUGAAUAAGGAUGUGAGACGCACACUUGAGAAACAUGGUCUCUUUGUUCAUUCAGAAACACAGACUCAUCUGAAAGAAUGGAUUUUAAAAAUGGGUCAAAAUAUUUACACAUAUUCAGGUGAAGCACUUUUUUACCUUCACUGUCUCUAUGAACUUCAUGAAGAGGACUUUGUGAAAAAAGCUAUGGAAACCUGUAAAAGAAUUAAUGUAUAUCAUCAAGACAUAAGCAGAACAGACUGCCAGGUCCUGCUGUACUGCUCUCAGUUCUGUCAGUGCAUUGAAGAACUGAAUCUUUCUCUGUGCACUUUAUCAUCUGAAGAUUUCCGUAUGAUUCUGCCUGUUUAUCACAAGUGUAAGAAAGUGAGCGGCUUGAUCAUAGUAGAUGUUUCAUCAGACUCUGAUCUUGAUGAACUGAUAAACGCUCUCACAAGUGAACAGACCCUGAGAUCACAGUGGAUUGAUGUCUGCUUCAUAUUUACAACAUUUGAGUAUUGUUAUCUUCAUUUGUCAAUCGAUGAAGAAAUCAGUGUCUCGGUAUCUUCACUAUCUUUGGAGUCGCUCAAACUCACCUUUCAACGCCCAGAGCCAAUCAACAUUGACUGGGCCAAACUUAAACCGAUAAUUCACCAAGAAAAUUCAGUUGCAUUAAUGUCAGUUCUUGAUUCUUUAUCAACCAUCCAGAACUGCUCCAGUCUAACAGAACUCAAGUUGGACGUAGAAGUUUCAUCAGACUCUGAUCUUGAUGAACUGAUAAACACUCUCACAAGAGAACAGAUCCUGAGAUCAAUGUGCAUUGAUGUUGACCUUCAAUUUACAAAAUUUGAGAAUUGUUCUCUUCAUUUGUCAAACAAUAAAGAGCUGUUCAGUAUCAGGAUAGGAACUUCAACAUCUUUGCGGUGGCUCACUCUCACCUUUCAGUGCCCAGAGCCAAUCAACAUUGAGUGGGCCAAACUUACUCAGAUAAUUCUCCAAGAAGAUUCAGAUGCAUUAAUGUCAGUUCUUGAUUCUUUCUCUGAACUGAAAAAGAUGAAAAUGUACCUGAAGUGUCUAAGUGAGAUGUGGACUCAUUGGAUCCUCCAAAUCAUCCAGAACUGCUCCAGUCUAACAGAACUCAAGGUAGAUGCUGACUUUUUACUGGAGGAAGGAAUCCAGAUCUUGCAGAGGUCACGCACAAGACCAGCCUGUAGUGUGACAUUUGAGGGGUUCAUAUGCAAUAAUCAGUCUCGAAAAUGCACAAGCUUUGUGGACCAUAGACUUAGCUGCAACCAGAAGGUGAAGAUUCAUCUGAGUUCCUCUGGCUUUUCUAUGGAGACUUUGUGAAAGCCCUGGUUUCGGGACUAAUGUUCCAGCUUGAUAACUAGGAGAAAACUGCCAAACCAGUUAUGAAGACAUCAACCAAGAAUAUCUAAAAUAAUUUAGGUGUGUUGUAAUAGUAAUAAUCAUGUGUCUAUUUAUUUGUAUAUUGAGUUUCACAAUACAUAUUGUUUCAAAGCAGCUUUACAGAGUUUUAUAUUGAUGCUUAAUUGCAUGUAACAGUUUAGAUCUGAAUGAUUGUAGUUUAUAUGUGAAGACAAUAUAAUCUAUCAAGCAUUU